CAGGUCCUUUCUAGGGUUUUAGACCAGCGAGGCUGAAAGGGAACGAGAGGACGGUUGUGGAUCAUGGCUCCUAAGGUUGCGAAGGGAAAGGGAAAGACCGGGAAGGGAUCGAAGGGGACGGAAGAUGCAUCGGUCGUAAAGUCCGUUAAGGUGUGGAGCACGUGGGCGAUGAAGAAGGCGAAGGUCGUCGCGCACUACGGCUUCAUUCCCCUGAUUAUUAUCAUUGGCAUGAACUCCGAGCCCAAGCCCCACCUUUCCCAACUCCUUAGUCCUGUUUAAUAUGCAAUUCGGUAUACGAUAGGCUUGUGCCCUUUCCUCCCUCCUUGGCUUACUUUUUUGAUCGAACUAUUUCCUGCAUGUUGUGCUGAAAUCAUAACCUUAGAUCAUGUAUGUGGUUAUUUAUUUAUGUAGCUGGUAAUUUUUGGGUUACAAGGAUGAUCUGCGGUUACUGUAGUUUAAAUCCUGCUUUGUUUACUAGCUUGCAAUUGUUUUGGUCGCCUCUUGUUUAAUGGCACAGUUUCUCUACAUAUCAGUUUAUGUAUUUAUUGUACCCUGUGUGUCUUCUCCUUUAGAUGUAUGAUUUCUUCAAUGGAUAUCUGAUUAUUACUUGUA